AUGGCUACAUACACGCUCUCAAUCGUUGUGUGCGGGGAAGGCGACGAUCCCAAUAACCGUUGCCAUUGGUCAUUUGUGUUUCACCAUGCCGGGGCAGACAGAGGCAAUCUAUUGCAGGUGUCGCUCAUAGACCGUGAUCGUCUAUGGUACCAACUCGACCGACGCGAUGGCGUAACUGUCCUCAGCCCAAGUUCCGAGGGCCGUUUCCAGGUCGUUACUAUCUCCGCCACUCAAUAUGCGCAAGCCUAUUCCAUCAUCAGCAAAGAGCCGGCCCCAAGGAACGGUAGAGACCGGUGUCAAGAUUGGACAGUGAACUGUAUCAUUGCUCUCGAAGCUGAGGAACUGGUUCCUCCAGGGACUUCUGAGUGGGUCAGCGGACUUGUGGGGAAAACGGCAACAAACCUUGCACAAUCUGUAGGGGGUAGAUGA